CCCCCCUCUCUCUUUUUUCGAUAACAAAAACCCCCAACUCAAAGUCUCUACUCUGCUCAGGGUGGGUAUCGUUACUCAGGGUGGGUAUCGUUACUCCCUACCUCCCCUCUCCCUCUUAUAUCUCUCUCUCCCCCCCCUCUCUCUCUAUUUAUUGGUUGACCACUAUGGGAUUCAGUCGGAAAAUCAAUAUUCCGACUCGUGGAGGAGGAGGAAAUGCCAGUGUCUCUGAAAAGCUUAAAGAGCUGCACCGCAUAAUCUGGAUUACACUUUGUUGGCUGAAUCACAGUUGGUUUCAUAUUCAUGGCCGAAUCACAGCGGCUAUUAGGUGGAUCACUUUUUCUUGUCGACCGGAAGAAGGUGAAACAUUAUAAGAGGGAUGGUCAUAACUGGAGGAAGAAAAAAGAUGGAAAGACAGUGAUGGAGGGGAAUGAGAAGCUCAAGGUUGGACAUGUUCAUAAGUUGCGCUGCUACUAUGCCCCUGGAGAAGAAAAUAAAAAUUUCAAGAGACGCAUUUAUUCGAUGCUUGAAGAGGAUCUCAAACACAUUGUUCUCGUCCACUACCGGGAAGAAGAGGUAAUGCUUUAUUCUAUCAUUUCAUUCAACCAAGAUCUCUGUUUGGGUUCAAAAUUUAUAGGUUUAUAUGCAUUUAUCAUACACAUUUCCAGAAAUGUUGUUUUAGUUAUGGUCAUUUGGCUUCAAUAUGCCAUCUAUGUUGGUAAAAAAUAAUAUAAUUAAGCAGUCUGUGUUUGAAGGAUCACCAAAAAAUUGAAAAUAGAUGUUCCCAGUUAAGGGCCUCAGAAAAAGUUGGUCCACUUGCUUAGAUAGAUUCAAUUUCUCAAUAAAUGAAAGGAAACUCCUAGUUUUGCAAUCCUAAUUCUACAACUUGUAAUUUUUUUGUUGUUGUUUUGUUGAGCUCCUGUUUUAGUAGAAAGAAGCAAAUAGAUUAAGGAAAGAGAAAGUGUGAUGAUUCCUUAAUGAAAAGGAUCACCUAAUAAAAUCUUUCUUUCCUUCUUUCCUUAUUUUUUUUGGUAUAUUAGUGCCUCACUUCUUCCCUGCCCUUUGGCCUACAAUGGAUUAAUUUCUUUUCUAGUAAUGAAGUAUUUACUUAUCUAUUGGUGCUUCUGUCCUUGUCAUAUAUGCACUCAGGUUGCCAUUUAAAGUCUAGGUUGAGCACUAACCAAAGAAUAUAUAAUUAAAAUCUUUUGAUGAAUUACAUAUAAUAUGUAAUCAAAUCUUAUCAGAAGAUUUUAAAAUUGUCUUAAUACUGCACUCAAUCUUUUAGGUCAUGCUUCUCUCCAUUUCCCUUUUCUCUUCAAAAUUUUGAUGAAAGUUGUUUAGGGAUUUACGGUGUGCUGGGUUAGUAAAAUAACACUGCUACUACAAGCACUGCUGUUACUACACACUUCACACAAAUGUAGUCUGUAUCAGGGAAUGAUGAUGCUAAACAUAAAAUACGUAAAUGAGAACCACUUAGAUUUUUAAGUCUGAUACACAAAUGUUAAUGAUACUUGUGCUACCAAGAAGCCAUAUUCUAAUUCACUGGAUGCAAGAAUUCUCAUAAUUGUGCAACUAA